UUUCGUGUGUCUGCGCGUCCGCAAAACGAGUGCGCGUGUGAAGUUCAACGCGUCCAACGGUGAUUACCUGCCGUAACGGUGCGACCAUUGAAUAUAUUAAUAGCGGUUCUUUGAAAACGAACAGCUGUCGUACAAACCGAGAAAUCCGAAAAAUGUAAAUAAGCGAGUUUCUGAAAUUUUUUCGGCAUACUUUCGGCGGCAAUUAUUUUCAAUUAACAUUACUACUGCAGCUCGAAACCGUGCGAAGCAGCGAGCGCACACAAAAGUGCGCAAUUAACCGUUAUAGUACCUAGAUAUACUAUACGAAUGUAAUACAAAAUCAUUUAAAGUGCUAAAAAACAUUUAAUAUCAAUAAAACCACUGUGAUUAGAGUAAACGAGAAUAAUAAUAUAGAAAACCGUAAUUGUGCCAAGUGUACAUCUAACCGCAAAAAUGCUGAAAUGCCAAGAAACUACAACACACGUGUCAGUUUAAAGCCAACGAGGCAGAAGCCGAAAUUGCUUUUGUUUCAGGCCGAACAUUCCGUGAUUGCAAGCCCACUCAGUGCCACAAAGGAAGGGUGCUUUUAGGCGCAGUGAAGUAUAACUAUAUUGAUGUGGAAUUUAGAGUGUGUGUGUGUGCGCGCGUAAAAAUGUGAGUUCAAUAUGCGCUAAAUAAAAAUCGAAGCGAAAUAAAGUUACAAAUCAAUAGAAGUGAAAAGUGCCAGAAAAACACGCCUGCAACGGAGUAGAUGCUCACAGCCCAAGUGGGCGCUGCGCGACAAACGAGCCAAAGUGGAAAUUCAGUACGCACGAAUACUCGAAUUUCAAAGGCAGAGCACAAAACAAUAACAACAAAACAAAAAUUCUAUAUAAAUCGGAACGUAAAGUGGCAAAUGAGUGAUGUCGCCGAGCAAAGCGAAAAAAAAGAGGUCGAAAGGCUUGCUGCUGCGUCGCCGCUGAUAUCGAUCUGCGGAAAAGGCAAAGCAACAAAGUUUGCUGUAGCGGGGCUUGCGCUGAAUGCCGCUCAAAUUGAAACCUAACUAAGCGUUAACACAAUAACAAGGACAACAAGCCCGAGCGCAAACGGAACAAACGCAAUCAGGAGGAAUGUUUGACAAGUGUGGAAAAUAAAGCACAAAGCAAACAAUAAUGAAAAUAAUAAGUGGAUUGCACGUGAGCCGAGUGUAGAAAUGAUAAAGCAAAGUUUGCACACAUUCAAACUUCAGAGCUACAGCACUGCGCGAGGAGAAAGUAUCCGGGCAAAGUAAAGUGGAUCAAAUACAUUUGCAACGGUAACUGGAGCGUGUAGCAGCGAGUGGAGCGAACUAAACCGUUAAGCGGCUAUUAUUCACUUGUGUAGCAAGUGUGUGCAUGUGUGUGAAUAUUUGUAGGAAAAAAUAUAAAAAUAUGUCAAAUGUGAGAUCAAAGUCAAAAGUGAGAAAAAAUCCGUUUAAAUAAAAGAAGGAAAGCAAAAAAAAAACCCAAAGAAAUUGUGCGAAAAAGUGUAUACCCACAAAAAUAAGGAGUGUGAUAUUAACAAUAAUACUCAGAGCAAAAGCAACAACAGCUGGCAGGCUGCAGAAAUAUAACCAACAAAUAUAAUAACAAAAAAAAAACGCCAACAGAGUAGGAGGCAGAAAGAACACCGCAUCAAUUCUUGAGUAAAAUUCGUCUGACUAAACGUGUAACGCAACAACAAAAACCAGUUGCAGAUAAGGGACACUCAUAGGCACCAACUGAGCCAGACAACAACAACUACGACAACAAAACUGCCAAUUUUGCCAACCCACAACCAACCAAAAACUGCAAUCAAUGCAUUUGAAGAUACCCCAAAGUAGUUGCUGUCCAAAUCGGACUUUCAGUCAAUCGCCAAGCAUAACAACUACACAAAAAUGCAACUCAGCGUUAGGUUAAAAUUCAACACACCGCAUAGAUAGAAAAAGCGUAAACGUCACAACAACGUUAGCAAAGCCAAGAAUAGCGAACCAAAGAAGAAAAACUCGCAAAAUGCUUCAAGACAAGUGCGCACAGCACGCGAUUGAAGCGCGCUUGUUUGAAGUGAAACGCAGAAAUACUACAACAACACACGCACGAAUUAACGAAAAUAUGACCAAAUGCCGAGCGAUGCACAACACUGUAAAUAGUACACUCAGCCGACCGUUCAGCAAAGCCGUUAAAGCCACUUGUCAUUUAACGAACUUCACUACUUGGUCGCAUUCGAUGCUGUCAGUAGUCGCGAGUGUGUUGGUGGUGAGCGUGUUGAUGCCGCACUUGACCGAAGCCUCCACACUGGAGAUCUAUAAGAAUGCGCGACUCGGCCAUCGCAUUGUACAGACGCGUUAUGGGCGUCUACAUGGUCUGAUUUUACCGUUGGACAAUUUUCGCUUUCUGCGCUCGGUGGAGGUGUUUCUCGGCGUGCCAUAUGCGACGCCACCGACCAAACAAAACCGGUUUAGUCCGACACGUGCGCCCGCACCAUGGGACGGCAUACGCAUUUCGGACAAAUACAGUCCGGUGUGUCCGCAACGCUUGCCGAAUAUACAAAACGAAACGGCGGCGUUAGAGAAAAUGCCCAAAGGACGACUGGAGUAUCUGAAAAGGUUGCUGCCAUAUUUGGAAAAUCAAUCAGAAGACUGCCUCUACUUGAAUAUAUUCUCGCCAAAUAAUGCGGGCGCCAACGAAAAGAAAUUACCCGUAAUUGUCUUCAUACACGGCGAAUCGUUCGAGUGGAGCAGCGGAAAUCCUUACGACGGCAGCGUGUUGGCGAGCUACGGCGAAGUGGUCGUUGUAACGCUUAAUUACCGCUUAGGAAUUCUCGGCUUCCUGAACGCCAACCCGAAUCCGCAAGCACACGCGCGUGUUGCUAAUUACGGGCUCAUGGAUCAAAUGGCCGCACUGCAUUGGAUACAGCAGAACAUACAGAAAUUCGGUGGCGACCCGAAUGCGGUCACCUUGGCGGGGCAUGGCACUGGCGCCGCAUGUAUCAACUUUCUCAUGACCUCGCCGACCAUGGUGCGUGGGCUCUUCCAUCGCGCCAUACUCAUGUCCGGUUCGGCGUACUCGUCGUGGGCGCUGGUUGAGGAUCCUGUGUCAUUUGCUAUCAAGCUGGCCAAAGAGGUGAACUGUUCGAUACCGGAGGAUUUGAAUAAGCACCACGAGCAGAUAGUCGAUUGCUUGCGCGAAGUGCCGUUGGAGGAUUUGUAUGCGGCGGACAUACAGGCGCCGAGCUUUCUGACAUCCUUCGGACCAUCGGUUGAUGGCGUCGUUAUACGACCCGGACACUCCAAUUUCGAUAUCGAUGAUUUAAUGAUGCGCAGCGCCAAGCGCGCCUCAGCAGAUGGCGGCGGCAACGGCAACGGCUUCUUUGGUGGCGGCGCUUAUACAGGUGGCCCCGGCGGCGGGGGCAGCAGCUUUGGUGGUGGAGCUGGUGGCGCAUCUGCCGGUGGUGGCAGCGCCAAUGGCGGCGGCAAUUCCGCAGGUGGUGUUUACUACAGCGCGUUAACGGCGAACUACGCGAGCAUGAGCAGCGGCGCUAACCUCGGUUUGGGCGGCAAUGGCGCACACUAUGAUGUGCUCUUCGGCGUGGUGACCGGCGAGUCCAUAUGGCGUUUCAGCGCACACGACAUCCAGAACGGCUUUGAGGGCGAACGGCGCGAUAAGAUUAUUCGCACUUAUGUACGAAAUGCCUACAAUUAUCAUCUCAAUGAGAUCUUCUACACGAUCGUUAACGAGUACACCGACUGGGAUCGUACGUCGCAGCACCCGAUUAACACACGCGACACCGCUGUGGCUGCGCUAUCGGAUGCGCAAUUCGUAGCGCCCAUCAUACGCACCGGUGACCAAUUGGCCGCCAAUUCGCCGCCACCCAUAUCGACCAGCAGCAGCGGUAGCUCAGGUGGCGGCACGUCUUCAGCAUCGACCGCUGCGGGUGCACAAGCGGGACGUUGUUACUUCUACGUGUUCGACUACCAGACGAAGGACGGUGAUUAUCCGCAGCGCAUGGGCACGGUGCAUGGCGAGGACUUGCCCUAUAUAUUUGGUGCGCCGCUGGUGGAUGGUUUUAGCCACUUCCCACAGAACUAUACGAAGUCGGAGAUAGCGCUGUCCGAGGCAGUGAUAAUAUUUUGGACAAAUUUCGCCAGAACUGGCAAUCCCAAUGAGCAUCAUCGCCAAGACUCCGUGCUACCCGCCUCCAAAGAGCGGAAUCGCUUCCGCAGCACCAUUUGGGAAAAUUAUGAUCCACUGCACCAAAAGUAUCUCGAAAUCGGCAUGAAGCCACGCAUCAAGAACCAUUUCCGCGCACACCAGCUCUCGAUUUGGCUGCGCCUCAUACCCGAGCUGCAUCGCGCCGGCAUGGAGGAUGUCAUUACGCGUCACAAUUUAUUUAAAAAUCAUGAUGACAUGAACUUGUAUGAAGGGCCCGUCAAACCGGAUCCCUUUGCAUCGACGCGCCUGCUACUCAUCGAUGAUGCGCUGCUGCGUAAGGCUGGACGUGGCGGCAAUCUGACAGGCAGCUACAUAAGCGGCGUCUUGGGCGUGACCACCGUGGAGCCGAAUAUGUUCACCACAUGCAUACCCGUCGGUGGCAAUUAUACACCCGGUGCUGGCGCAGCCACAAGCGGUGCCUUCGCCCCCAACACGCUGGCCAACUCAUCGACCGACUCACUGUCUUCUGGAUUCGAGGCAGCCGGCUAUGCGGCAUACUCCACGGCACUUAGCGUCACCAUUGCCAUCGGUUGCAGUCUGCUCAUACUCAACGUGCUCAUAUUUGCUGGCGUCUACUACCAACGCGACAAAACGCGGCUGGAGGUGAAGACUUUGCAAAAACAAUACCAACAACGCAGCAUGCACCAGCAAGUGCCCUAUCCGCCCGAUCCCAUCAAGCACGCGCACUACCACAUGGGCCAUUCGCAGAGCGCAAAUGUUAUUGUAGAUGUGGAAAAUCAUGGCGGCGACCCGGGCGCUAUGCUACUGGCGGCCGCGGCGGCAGCCGCAAAUGCAGCGGAUGUGAAGCCACCACCAUCGCAUAUUUGCGCCAACACCGGCAUGCAGAUGGGCGCCUCAGUGCAACAACAACAAGCUGGUGGCAGCAGUAUUGACCUCUGUGGCAUAGCCUCCUCGGCCGCCAAGCAGCAGCAACAGCAGCAACAGCAACAAGGCGGCUCAAUUAUGGUCAGCGGGUCGCCAGACAUAUCCGGCGGACUAAUGGGCAGUGGUGGCAGCUGCAACGUGACCUAUAGCACGACAACUAAACAGCAGCAUCAACAACAACAACAACAACAGCAACAACACAUGCAACAACAGCAGCAACACCUUCAACGAGAGCACAUGCAAAUCAAAGGCAUGAAUACGCAAACAUUCGGACGCAUCGCUACAAGCGGUGGUGGCAGCGGUGGAGGUGGCGGCGCAGUCACAAUGACCAGCAAUAUCGCGUACAAUGCCGGCAUGAUGACGCUCCCUAAGGCCAGCGCAUUACAUCACACCAACUCCGUGAAUUACGGACGCAAUCCAGGUGUGGGUGGAGGCGGAGGUGGUGGCAACUCUGGCAAUAGCAGUGGCACUAACAUAACGGCGGCGCUGCUCGACUCCCGCGGCAAUUUAUUGCUAACUAGUGGCGCAGGUGUCUCCAUGGGUGAUUGUAUGACAUUGCCCAGGAAUCUCGCUGCCUCUGCAGCACGGCAUGGCACCGUGACAGACACUCAACAGCAGCAACAACAGUAUCAACAACAGCAACAAGUCGGCGGUAAGCAUCAACCAAAUGGCAGCGUCAUGACUGGUGUGAGUGCGCAGCAGCAACAUAUACGUGCGCCACGCCCACCAAUACGUACAGCCUCCUCUGCGCCUACCAGUGGCAGUGGCAGCGGCAGCGGAGGGGGCGUCAAUAGCAGCGGCGGCGUAGUAGUUAGCGGCAACGCGGCCAUUUUGAACAAUCUCAUCGAUCAGACGCCAUCAAACGGUAGCAGUAGUAGCGGCGUCAGCAGCGCGCCCUCCAGCAAAGGUCACUCACACCAUCACCUACAUGCGCAUGCGCAUGCGAACGCUAUGGCCGACAGCAUCGGUCUGACGACCACAACGUCAAGCGGUGGCGGUGGCGCUGGCGGCGGCGGCAGCAGCAGCAUACAUGCGCAACAACAAGUGCCACAGGCGGCGAUCGAUGAGAUGCGUGUCUGAUAGGUGUCGGUGUUCGAGCUGGAAUUAUAGUCUUCUUGCUCAAGUGAUAAGCUGAAUACGGACAUGCUCGAAGAGGAUUUCACCGCAAAAAAACAGGCGGAAAAUGAGGAAGAGGUAGGCAUAUACGGGCAAGCACAACCAUUCUGCCAGCAAUCGAUGGCACUGCAACGCCUGCAAU